AGGAUGCAAGCGGUCCGCACGCAAAUGUCGCUUCAUUUGGGGAAGUUCUUCUUUGCCGGUGCAGUUUGUGGCGAUGCCUGAGGAGAACUGAACGGAACGUAGGAUUAUGUUGGCUGCAAGGAUCACGGCAGCCCUGAUCUACCUCACCGUGCAAAGCAGCGGAGUGCUCGCCCUGGGGACGGCAUGUUGGGAUGAGCGGUUGACACGAGCGGGAAGGAACAGCAGCUGUGUUGCCCCACAGCCCUUCCUGAUAUUCGGCCAUGGAAAUGCCGUACAUAGGAUGGACCUGGAUGGGAAGAACCACCGGAGUCUCAUUUCCGGGGUGGCCACCUCCAUCCUGCUUGAUGUCCAUUUCAGAGAAGAGACACUUUAUUGGGCGGACAAACCCACGGGUAUCAUCUACAAGUCAUCCAUGAGAGGCGUGCACAGAGAGAUACUGUACUCAUCUGACGAACACAUCUCAGGUCUCGCGGUGGACUGGAUGUGGAAUAUUAUAUAUUGGACCAGCAAGGACGAGGGAAAAGUCAAGAGAAUGGACACUAAUGGGAAAAAUGACAGCACUCUUAUAAGACACUUGACUCAGCCAAGUUCGAUUGUGACUGACCCUACUAAAAGGUUUCUGUUUUGGUUAUCUGGUGGAAUGACCCCAAGCAUCCAGCGCUCCGAUGUAACAGGACAGAGGAAAACAACGCUCAUUGAGAUAUCACAGCAGUUGAAGGCACUGUCAAUCGACCACAGAGACAAAAGACUGUUCUGGGUGCAGUUUGGUCUGCAAGGAGAAAGCGCCAUCGCCUCCUCUGACUACAGUGGCAAAGCCUUGCACAUCAUCGAUCAGCCACUUCAGUUUGAAUCCCUGGGAAUAUCUUUAUUCCACCAGUACAUAUAUUACAGUGAUGCUGCAGCUCAAGCAAUAAAAAAGGUGAACAAGUACACAGGCGGAGAACCAGUGGAGGUCAACAUAAAACACAUGACAAAAGUCCCGGUUGAUAUCAAAGUCGUCCAUGCAGACAACCAGCCAAUGGCGGACUCGCCGUUGCUGCCUCAAGGAUGCAACGAAAGGAGUGGCGACUGCAUCAACGCAUGUUUGAGUGCCACAGAACAGGGAGUUUGUAAGUGCAGUGAUGGAUUUGCCCUCAGCAAGCAAGGAUCUUAUUGUGAAGAUGUGAACGAAUGCGCCCACUGGAACCACGGCUGCUCUCUUGGUUGUGAGAACAUUCCAGGUUCUUAUUUCUGUACCUGCCCCGAGGGAUAUGCCCUCCUCCCGGACAAAAAGACGUGCAGAGAGAUCAUAACCUGUGAAGGCAAUGCCACUGAGUGUGGUCACGGUUGCCUAGCAACAGACAAGGGUCCUGUGUGUGUUUGUCCAAAGGGGUCUAUAUUGCAAGAAGAUGGGCAGGCCUGUACAGGCUGCUCAUCUGCAGACAGAGGAGGCUGCAGUCAGCUGUGCACACCAGUAGCAGCCACUAGGUGGCAGUGUGAGUGUCUGCCAGGCUACCAGCUCCACCAAGACGGGAAGCGGUGCAUUGCCUCAGGACCACCACCGUAUCUGCUUGUUGCCAGUUUGGUGGGCGUGCAAAGAUUAAAUACCGAUGGCACUGAAGGCCAAAUUGUUGUGGAGGAGCCCAGAGGUGCAAUCAUAUCCUUGGACUAUGACCCUAUGCACGAUAAAGUAUACUUUGCCAGCACGUCCCAGAAUGCAAUUGAACGGGCUGACAUAAAUGGUGGGUCCAGGCGUCGUCUCGUCUCUGACUAUCUGGGCUCAACCAAUGGGCUGACUAUCGACUGGAUCCAUCGCAAGUUGUACUGGACUGUUCCAAGCCAGUCAUCAGUGGUCAGCAGCACCUUGGAAGGACUCAACAGAACAACUCUUUUGAGUGACGGACUUGACCAACCAACAUCCAUCGUAGUUCAUCCUCUAGAAAAGAAGUUGUUCUGGGCGGAUAUUGGACUACACCCCAAGGUGGAAAGUUCCACUCUUGAAGGGACGGACCGUACGGUAAUCGCAAGAACUGACCUCGUAUCUCCCGGCGGUCUGACCGUCGACUUCACGGAGGACCGUCUUUUCUGGUGCGACGAGUCGAGGGUGGAGACGUCUGCACUGGAUGGUUCCGACCGACGGAUCCUGUUAGAGAACCAAGUAGGUCGGCCGUUUGACCUGGCCGUGUUUGAGGACAGGCUGUGGGUGCUGGACAGGGAAAACCAGCAGCUAACAAGCGUGCACAAGAGGACCGGGAGGAAGCUGCAGCGUCUCCAUGGAAACCUGGUCCAACCAGCAUCCAUAGUGGUGGUGCAUCCGCUUGCUAAACCAGAACAUGCACAUGAAGAGCCGGCACUACCAAACAACACAAGUCUUGGUGAUGAGACCACGCCUCCCAACCAUGCGAAUGUCGAGUCAAGGUCAUUCAACAAGAUGGUCUCAGAUCAGUACAAGUGUCACACGGCAUCAUGCGGUCCCAAUGCCAACUGCCACCUGAAUGCUGGCAGCCCAGAAUGCUCUUGUGUGAAAGGCUUUACCCGUGAUGGAGACUCGUGCGUGGAUACUGACGAGUGUAAACUGGGAAGCCAUGAUUGUGACCAAAACGCAGACUGCCUAAACACAGAGGGUGAUUUUCUCUGCAAGUGCCAGGCUGGAUACCAUGGCAACGGGCAGACAUGUAAAGCUGUACAUAUCACACCACCAUCAGUGACGACAAGCAGCCCUGCGGAUGUCAAUCACCAGAGUAGUAACUCCGUGGAGAGUUGCCCUUCCACACAUGAGUCUUACUGCUUGUACCAGGGAGUCUGCUUCUACUUUCCGGAGAUGGACACCUAUGCCUGCAAUUGCGUGUCAGGCUACAUGGGUGAGCGCUGCCAGUUCAGCGACCUGGAAUGGUGGGAGCUUCAGCAGGCCGAGAAGGAGAAGAGGAGGAAUGUGGUCAUCGCAGCCUGCAUGGUGGUUCUUGUUUGUCUGCUGUCCAUCAUUGCCUGCGUCACCUAUUACAGACCUCAAGGACUUUUCAGAAAGCAGCCCUCGGUGGAUAACGUGAGUGAGACCAGUGUGACGGAGGAGGACGUGUCAGAGAGCAUCAACGUGCCUCAGAUCUACACAAUGGUGGAAAACCACCCACAAGGAAACUGCGCUCUCCCUGCAGCCGGUUGUCCCAAGAGGGCGGUAUGUCCAUCCUGCUCCUCGGAGACAGGAGAAAACCAGUCUGAAGACACGGGAACGUGGUCCAAAAGCAACAAAGGGUACGAGUGUUCAAUAGCAUCCUCUGUUGCCAGGGAGACCAAUCAGACCCCCCCACUGCAUCACACUAGUCAGUCACCGAAUGCAAACACCUCUACGUCAAUGACGGUGGAAAGUGUUCCACAUAUUUCCGGUCCAGAGCCAUCUGCUUCUUGUACAGUAUAAAGCUUGCAUUUCCCGGUUUGUACACUAGGGGGCGACAAAUUCCCAUUCAGAGUGUUGUGUUGCCCAAUAUUGGUUGAGCCAAGGCACAUAUUUGACAUAAUGUAGAAUAGCACUCCACCAAAGACACUGUGAUUUAUUCUGUCUUAUGAAUGGCAACAGUUUCCUGUUCUUGUCAUUAAUUAGUUUUAAAGGUUCAGAGGAAAAUCAGAGCAUUUUUUUAGUAAGAAAUAAUGCAAAUCAAAUUAAUGAAUCAGUUUAACAGACAAAAACAAACAUUUUGUAUAGGAUAAUAUAGUUUUACAAUGACAAACCACUCAUGGAUGACUCAAUUAGAUUGUUUGGUGUGCAAAAGUGAGGUUAGAAGCGAUUAACUCAUCUUUGUAUUGAUUGGGAUAACAAUAAUUCCAGUAUUUGUACUUCAUUUGUACUUUUGCUAUAUUGGCCAGUUCUGAUUCUAAUGUAUUUGAUACUACCAGUAAUUAUAAUCAUGUUGGACAAUAAAGCUUUUGCACUGGUGAACCUGACAAUAAUAAAAAGAGAAA